CAUUACAGAUUGUUCACUGGCCAAGCUGUGAACUUGCAAAAGUCAGCCAUUUUCUUUAACAAGAACACCCCUGAGGCUGUUAAACUCUCUAUCUGCUCCUCCCUCAGAGGCAUAGUUACCCACAGAUCUACCAGAUACCUUGGGUUACCCCUUAGUAUUGGCAGAGCCAAAAGAGAA